GAAUUAGUAAUCCCAUGUGUUAAGCCGUUGUUUUAGUGUUCUUUUGAUGAGUUUGGCUUGUUGUUAUGAAAAGUGUUUAUUUUGGCGAGUUUGAAAGUUUUUGAGCAUGUGUAAUGGCAUGAAUGCGUUAAGCUGUUGUUUUAGUGUUCUUUUGAUGAGUUUGGCUUGUUGUUAUGAACAUUGUUCGUUUUGGCCAGUUUGAAGGUUUUUGAGCAUGUGUAAUGGCAUGAAUGUGUUGAAUUAGUAAUCCCUUUUGUUAAUCAGUUGUUUUGGUGUUAUUUUGAUGAGUUUGGCUUUUUGUUUUGAAAAGUGUUUGUUUUGGCGAGUUUGAACGUUUUUUGAGCAUGUGUAAUGGCAUGAAUGCGUUAAGCUGUUGUUUUAGUGUUCUUAUGAUGAGUUUGGCUUGUUGUUAUGAACAUUGUUCGUUUUGGCCAGUUUGAAGGUUUUUGAGCGUGUGUAAUGGCAUGAAUGCGUUAAGCUGUUGUUUAAGUGUUCUUUUGAUGAGUUUGGCUUGUUGUUAUGAACAUUGUUCGUUUUGGCCAGUUUGAAGGUUUUUGAGCAUGUGUAAUGGCAUGAAUGCGUUAAGCUGUUGUUUUAGUGUUCUUUUGAUGAGUUUGGCUUGUUGUUAUGAAAAGUGUUUGUUUUGGCGAGUUUGAACGAUUUUGUGCAUGUGUAAUGGCAUGAAUCCGUUAAGCUGUUGUUUUAGUGUUCUUUUGAUGAGUUUGGCUUGUUGUUAUGAAAAGUGUUUGUUUUGGCCAGUUUGAACGAUUCUGAGCAUGUGUAAUGGCAUGAAUGCGUUAAGCUGUUUAUUUAGUGUUCUUUUGAUGAGUUUGGCUUGUUGUUAUGAAAAGUGUUUGUUUUGGCGAGUUUGAACGUUUUUGAGCAUGUGUAAUGGCAUGAAUGCGUAAGUUGUUGUUUUAGUGUUCUUUUGAUGAGUUUGGCUUGUUGUUAUGAAAAGUGUUUGUUUUGGCGAGUUUGAACGUUUUUGAGCAUGUGUAAUGGCAUGAAUGCGUUAAGCUGUUGUUUUAGUGUUCUUAUGAUGAGUUUGGCUUGUUGUUAUGAACAUUGUUCGUUUUGGCCAGUUUGAACGUUUUUGAGCAUGUGUAAUGGCAUGAAUGUGUUGAAUUAGUAAUCCCUUGUGUUAAGCUGUUGUUUUAGUGUUCUUUUGAUGAGUUUGGCUUGUUGUUGUGAAAAGUGUUUGUUUUGGCGAGUUUGAACGUUUUUGAGCAUGUGUAAUGGCAUGAAUGCGUUAAGCUGUUGUUUUAGUGUUCUUAUGAUGACUUUGGCUUGUUGUUAUGAACAUUGUUCGUUUUGGCGAGUUUGAAGGUUUUUUAGCAUGUGUAAUGGCAUGAAUGCGUUAAGCGUUUGUUUUAGUGUUCUUUUGAUGAGUUUGGCUUGUUGUUAUGAAAAGUGUUUGUUUUGGCGAGUUUGAACGUUUUUGUGCAUGUGUAAUGGCAUGAAUGUGUUAAGCUGUUGUUUUAGUGUUCUUUUGAUGAGUUUGGCUUGUUGUUAUGAAAAGUGUUCGUUUUGGCCAGUUUGAAGGUUUUUGAGCAUGUGUAAUGGCAUGAAUGCGUUGAAGCUGUUGUUUUAGUGUUCUUUUGAUGAGUUUGGCUUGUUGUUAUGAACAUUGUUCGUUUUGGCCAGUUUGAAGGUUUUUGAGCAUGUGUAAUGGCAUGAAUGUGUUGAAUUAGUAAUCCCUUGUGUUAAGCUGUUGUUUUAGUGUUCUUUUGAUGAGUUUGGCUUGUUGUUAUUAAAAGUGUUUGUUUUGGCGAGUUUGAACGUUUUUGAGCAUGUGUAAUGGCAUGAAUGCGUUAAGUUCCACCCUACCUUCAAGUUACCGCCCCAUUUCACUUCUCAACGUUGACAUUAAAAUUAUCACCAAGGCACUUUCCCACCGAUUAGAAAAAAUUAUUCCAUCCAUUAUUCACCCGGAUCAAACAGGAUUUAUUAAAGGAAGAAACUCAUCCAAUAACACACGCAGACUAUUCAAUAUAAUGCACCACUCAACCACACAUAACCAUAACUCAAUCAUAGCCACCUUAGAUGCAGAAAAAGCCUUUGACAGAGUUAACUGGUCAUUCCUCAUCCACACCCUACACAGUUUCGGCUUUGGGGAAUCAUUUAUUAACUGGAUUAAAACACUUUACACCUCACCUACAGCCACAGUUAUUACUAACGGACAAACCUCACAAAGCUUCACUCUUCACAGGGGGACCAGGCAAGGUUGCCCACUCUCUCCCUCUUUUUUCACCAUUUUCAUUGAACCCCUAGCAGCAGCCAUCCGUCAGAACCCCCUCAUUACAGGAAUCCAAACCCCCAACAUGCACCAUAAAAUCAGCCUCUAUGCAGAUGACAUUUUACUUUUUAUGGAUAACCCAAAAUCAUCACUACAAGAAGUAAUCAGUGUCAUCAAAUCCUUCUCCCUUCUCUCUGACUACUCAAUAAACUGGAACAAAUCCUCCAUACUCCCAUUAAACACCAACAGUCUGGCUGUGGCAGCCCUUACAACACCCAUCCCCUUCUGCACAAGUCACAUCACCUACUUAGGCAUCCACAUUUCCCCCAGGCUGUCAGAGUUGAUCAACCUGAAUUUCACUCCACUCCUAAAAAAAAUCAAUGAUGAUCUCCAACGAUGGAUGAACCUCCCAUUAUCUAUAUUAGGCAGAAUAGCAACAGUUAAAAUGACAAUCCUCCCCAAAAUCAGUUACCUUUGUUCAAUGAUUCCCACUCAUCCACCUCUCACCUGGUUUCAUUCCCUCGAUUCAUCCAUCAACAAAUUUUACUGGAAAAAUAAACCCCCACGAGUCAAACUGGCCACUCUUCAGAAAUCAAAAAGUUUAGGCGGACUCAAUGCUCCAAAUUUUCAUCAUUACUCACUAGCAAAUCAACUUCAAUACAUCUACAAAUGGACCCACCCCACCCAGUCAGAUAGCACGUGGUUAGACAUAGAACAAACAGUUAGCAAAGACAUCCAUCUCUCAGACCUACCAUUCCUCAGUCAAACUAUCAAAAAACACCCCUGUUUCCAAAACCCCACAAUAUCAUCGGCCCUGACAGCCUGGUGGAAAUUCUACAGCAUUACUAACUCCACUCUGGCACCAUCGCUUUUCACCCCGAUCUGGCACAACCUGGACUUCAUCAGCAAUAAACAAUCACUAUACUUCAGCACCUGGGUAGAGAAAGGGAUUACUCACCUCAAACAUAUCUUCAAUAAUAACACCCUGGUCCCAUUCUCUCUCCUGGUCCAGAAGUUUGGCAUCAGGAGCCAUCAAUUCCUACAAUAUCUACAGGUUUCAUCAUCCAUCCAAUCAUCAAUGAAAAACAAGAAUAUAAACUUAGACCUCCCCCGUUACCCUAUCUAAACUCAUUAACAUCCCUUCCUCAAAGAAAAUCCUAUCUAAAUUAUACAAAUUAUUAUCACAGGCCGACUCAACACCCUCCAUACCCUCCUGAUGCUGACUUCUGGCCCCAAAUCUGCAAGAACAUUUUCUCCAUGACGAAAAAUGCUAAUUUACAACUCAUACAAUACAAAAUCCUUCACAGAACUCAUCUGACUGGACACAAAAUGCAAAAAAUGGGCUUCUCAUCAUCUGGAAACUGUUCACACUGCUCACUAAACUGCACUGAUACCUAUAUUCAUGCAACCUGGCACUGCACACCUGUUCACCACUUCUGGAGAAACAUUACAGAAACAUUAUCCCAGAUUAUGGGCUGCCACAUCCCACUUUCCCCUUCCGUCUGUUUAUUAGGAGACCUAUCUCCAUUAAAACUUGACAAAACACACACACACGUUCACUUCUAGUGGCACUAACCGUCGCCAGGAAAACUAUCCUCAUGAACUGGAAGUCUCGGAACUCCAUACUCAUAAUACACUGGAAAAACCUGCUCAUAGACUACAUCUCCUUAGAAAAUACAAACUCCUCUGACAAUAAUCAUAACUCUACCUGGUUAUCAUUCAUCACUUUUCUAAGCUCAUAAUCUGCCACAAACCAGUCACAACAUCAUCCAUCUCUGUUCUCUGACACUUUCAUUCCCAACUUUUUAUUUUUAUUUUAUUUACUUAUCUAUUUAUUAUUAUUAUUAUUAUUAUUAUUAUUAUUAUCUUUAUUAUUAUCUUUAUCAUUAUCAUUAUUAUUUUUUUAUUAUUAUUGUUUAUUGAUUUUUAUUUUCUAUUUCUUACUACAUAUUACGACAAAUAUUAUGAUGAAUAUUAUUGUCAUUGUCAUUUUCUAUUAUUAUUAUUUAUUUAUUUAUAUACUUACAUUUACAGUUGUUAUUUUCUGCUCGGGUCCCUGCUGGGUCGCGCCUGUUAGACAAUGACCUGUGAUCUCCUUGCCCUUCCGGCCUCCCCCUCCCCCAGUUCUCCGCCCUGGACUGUCUUCAGAUGGCACAUCACCUCUUUUAUUGCACAUCACACUAGAUUAGGAAGAGGAACGGGGUCUCAAUCUCAUCAAAUUAUAGUUCAGGACAACCCCUCUCCUUGGUUUUAAUGCACAACAUUAGAAAGCACAUAUAUGAGAGAAAUUAAGAAAAAAAAAAAAUAAAAUAAAUAAAAUAAUAACAAUAAUAAUAAUAAUAAUAAUAAUAAUAAUAAUAAUAAUUUUAAAAAAAAUAAAUAAUAAAAAUAAAUAAAUAAUUAUAAAGUAUAUUAAGUAAAUAACAAAGACUAAAUACAUAUAUAGACAUAGGGCAAGGUGUUGUGCCGCAUUCAGCUCCGGGGCAUGCGGGGGUUGGGGUGGGAGUCUGGGGGCCUGGAGGGAUGCAGGUGGGUCUCGUGCGAGUGGGAAGGGACCCAAAGUGGUCCACAAAUUCCUUCUUCUUAUUAUUAUUAUUAUUACUAUUAUUGUUGUUAUUAUUAUUAUUAUUGAUAUUGUUGAUGUAGUAUAAUUUUCUUUUUUUUUUUUUGCUUGUCUGACAAUUGUAAUAUUUAUUUAUUUUUUUUUUUAUUUUCUUUUUCAUUAUUAUUUACACACACCACACACACACGCACACACACAAACACACACACACACACACACAACCACAAAUGCCAUUGUUUGUUUUGUAUGUCUUGUAUUGUCACACUGCACAAAUAAAAAAUUUAAAAAAUUUAAAAAAAAAAAAAAAAAAAAAGGAGCCAUUAAAUGUGGCCCACAGGAAAACAACCAAUUUCCCACAGACACAUACUAACGUUAGGCAGAAUUUAAUUAAUUUCUUGAGAAAUGUAAAUUUUAUUUGUUGGCUUAGUGUUUUGUUCUUUUGCUGGUUUAUACCAGGAACUGCUUCACACUUAUAUAAAUGAACUGCUUUUUACCAGUAUACACCAGGAAAUCUGAUGGAUACAAAUUGUGCAAGUACUAUCAUGUCUGUCAUGAACCACCUCCACUAAAGAAUUCUAGCACUGACAGGAUGUGAAUACACAAUGCAGCUCUGUGCAGCAGAAAGUGGUGAUGCUGACAGCUCAUCUCAGUCACAACUGGACACAAAACUAGUUCAAACUGCACAGAGCUGCAAACCUUUGUGGGUGUUUGCUUCGUGAAUCACUCAUUGAGAUGGGGCAGAUUUUUUAACCACUGCAGUCCACUCUUGGUGAAUUUCCUCCUGACUCUUUCAACCUGGCUGCAAUCGAGGAAGCUGCAGAUCAAAGCAGGAAGUGAGGUUUAAAGAGCCUCAUUGAGCUGGAGUUUCUUCUGCUUACACACACACACACGCACACAAAAUGUGCUGUACUGGAUUCCUUUCAUUGAUGUUUAUGAGGCUCAGAAACAAACCGCCACAGUCAUAUAUGGUACAGAUGUUACAGUGAAAGCUCCAACCUUUGCCGUAGGUAAAAUGUGCCCGACCUCAUUAUCACUCAAGUAUGAUUAAUUUGUCAAUUCUUUAUGUGAAAAGGGAAAAAUUAGCAUUUGUUUUUUUUUUUACAGUCAAGUUAACCAUUUCCCUCUAUCUUUAAAGUAUUUGAGGAAAACAUAUUGAAGCUUAUUUUCUGCCUUUUUUAUUGUAAGAGAUCAAUAAACAUUCUUGCCAUAAUAAUAAAAAAAAAAUUUAAAAAAAAUGAAUGCGUUAAGCUGUUGUUUUAGUGUUCUUAUGAUGAGUUUGGCUUGUUGUUAUGAACAUUGUUCGUUUUGGCCAGUUUGAACGAUUUUGAGCAUGUGUAAUGGCAUGAAUGUGUUGAAUUAGUAAUCCCUUGUGUUAAGAUGUUGUUUUAGUGUUCUUUUGAUGAGUUUGGCUUGUUGUUUUGAACAUUGUUUGUUUUGGCCAGUUUGAACGUUUUUUAGCAUGUGUAAUGGCAUGAAUGCGUUAAGCUGUUGUUUUAGUGUUCUUUUGAUGAGUUUGGCUUGUUGUUAUGAAAAGUGUUUGUUUUGGCGAGUUUGAACGUUUUUGAGCAUGUGUAAUGGCAUGAAUGCGUUAAGCUGUUGUUUUAGUGUUCGUUUGAUGAGUUUGGCUUGUUGUUAUGAACAUUGUUCGUUUUGGCCAGUUUGAAGGUUUUUGAGCAUGUGUAAUGGCAUGAAUGCGUUAAGAUGUUGUUUUAGUGUUCUUUUGAUGAGUUUGGCUUGUUGUUAUGAACAUUGUUCGUUUUGGCCAGUUUGAAGGUUUUUUAGCAUGUGUAAUGGCAUGAAUGCGUU